AUGAAAAAAGGCAAUAGCAAUCGGUCAUAUAUUUAUGGAUUCGAUAAGGUUGUGAAAACUAAGAAUGACGUGCAAAAAAAGAAUACUGAGCUAAUUGGUUACCAACCGACAAAGCCAUUUUCACGUAUAGCACCCAAAACGGAAAUUCUUAUAGACAGUAAAACGUUAAAUGAUAUUCACGGUCGAAAUGACGAGACUACCUAUGACACGAAGAUACGUAAUAACAUUAACUCAAUCUUAGUAAAACCCGUCGAGAAAAUUAAUGGUAAUCAUCAAGAUGAAAUAACACCUCAAAGCCCUAAAAAUGAAUCAGUAGAAGAACCAGAGUCAAAUCCUUUAAAUGAGAGUCAAAAAUCAGUUAAAUGGGCUUGGUCAUCAGGAAAUGAUAAGAAAGAAAAUGAUAAUCAAGAAAGCUCCGCAACUGAUCACUUAACGUCAGUUCUUGGCAAUAUGAAAGUUGAAAUUGAAGAUGUUGGUGAUAAAUAUGACGAUUCCGAUGAUAGUGACGAUUGGGAUACCGACUUAGAAGAGGAUUUUAAGAGAGUUAUUCCAGUUUCUUACCUUCUACGUCAUUUUCAUGAAUCUGCCAUUAUCAUGAAACAUCAUGGACUGGGGCCCAAAGGGGCUAUUCCGCUGGCUUAUGCACUCCUUAACAACACCAAAGUUGAGAGAUUAAUUGUAGCGGAUAAUUACAUCAAAGAAGAUGGCGCACAAGCAAUAGCUGAAAUGUUGCAGGAAAAUAUGUAUAUACGUGAAUUAAAUAUUUCCGAUAACUUUAUCGGUUCAGAAGGGGCAAAUGCUUUUGCAAAGAUGUUAUUUUCAAACACAACGCUACGAACUUUAAUCAUUAAAGGAAAUCAUAUUACUGAUCAAAAUGCUGCAACAUUUGCUGGAGCACUGAAAGCCAAUACAACCUUAUCGUAUUUGGACUUGAGCCACAAUGAAUUUGGAGAGUUAGGAGCAAUCAGUUUAGCUAACGGAAUCGCAGAAAAUGGAAAUCUUGAUGUUAUGGAUCUUAGUUGGAAUUCCAUUCGUGGCCGUGGUGGAGUGGCUUUAGCCAAAUCUUUAAGGUUAAAUACAACGCUAGUUUCCUUAAAUCUAGCUUGGAACGGUAUCUCAGAUGUAGGAGCUUUUGCUUUGGCGAAAUUUUUAAGAAAGAAUACUACUCUUCAAAGAUUAGAUAUUAGUAAUAAUCGUAUAGGAGAAAUUGGAGCUAUCAAACUAGGAAAAUGUUUAGGAGUUAAUAACGCAUUAACACAUUUCAAGAUUAGCACUAAUCCAGUCGGUAAUAAAGGUGUUGAAGCUAUUUUAAAUGGUGCCAAGAAUAAUGAUUUACUGAAAGUUUUAGGCUUAGAAGAAAUUACUGUAUCAAGAAAAAUGCAUGAUGAAAUUGAAGAGUUAAUGGAAGUUCGAAAUAUUAAAAUAUUUCACGGUGGAAAAGGCGGAUACCAGAAGCCUAUAAAAUCGAUAACACCAAUGGAAUUAUUGGAUGACUUCAUAAAGCUUAAUCGAUGGCGCUUGAUAGACAUAUUUAUAAGGUUCGAUAAAGAUAAAAGUGGAGACAUAUCGAAAGAUGAGUUAAAAUGUGGCUUGAAAGAGACCGGAUUAGAAAUGAGCUCGAAACAACUAGAUUUACUAAUCGAUUACCUCGAUACCAAUAAGGACAACAAAAUUCAAUAUAGGCAAGUUGAAGAUCAAUAUUUAAAUUUUGGAUUUUGUUGUUAA